AUGCCGAAUCGUCCUCCAGCUGCAACAGGGCGAGGAAACCGCCGCCCGACUCACCUCGGCCGUAGUUUCGCAGCUCUAGUCGCAGCGCUCGGUUGCCUGUGCCUGUGCGUCGUCCACUUUGCCAGUGUGCCUGUGGACGCAGUCUAUGCGUGUGACUUCCCGGGCCCGCCGGUCGUUCCCGGUGUCUGCUACUGCGCAGGAACAAGUGUCUCUGGGUGUCAAAGCAAUCUCACAACAUUGCCAACGUUCCCAGUCGAAACAACCUUUCUGAAUCUCGCGUAUAUGCAGCUGACUCAGAUCAGCGCGAAUGCGUUCAGCGGUUUGAAUCAGUUGACAAUCUUGUACUUUAACAACAAUCAGCAAUUACUGACAAUCGCACCAGGCGCUUUCACCGGCUUGACUGCCUUGCAAACGCUCUCAAUCUCCAAUACCGGACUGACUGCCAUUCCAACAACGGCAUUGACUUCCUUGACACUUCUGAGCACGCUGACAAUCGAUUCCAAUCCGUACAUUACUUCGGUUGAAUCGAACGCGUUCGCAGGGCUUACUUCCUUGACCAUGUUAACUCUCACCUACAAUCAAAUCACUAGCAUUGCCGGGUUUGCUUUCUCAUCACUCACCUCGCUCAUGACUAUAGCUCUGAGCUAUAAUCCUGUCUCAACGCUAGCGCCGAACGCUUUUGCUGGCCCAUCCUCGCUCACCAGACUGACCUUUGGAACGAAUCGACUGACCACUCUGCCAUCCAACGCCUUCUCUGGACUGUCGGCUCUAAAGUUCUUAGAUCUUUCGACAUCUCAAUUUAUGACACUUCCCUUCAACGCCUUCUCCGGACUCAAUCAGCUUGUGACAUUGUAUCUUCGAGACUCACCGAUGACUACGCUUCCUCCGGGAUUAUUCCAAGGUCUGUACUCGCUAAGUUCGGUGGUGUUGGCCCCAAACAACUUUACCUUCAGUGGCAGUACAGCGCCGCCUAGCACCUACAUUUCUGCCUCCAACCCUGCCACCUCCAGAUCCGCCGCUUCGAGUUUUUCAGCGUUCAUUGCGACAAGUGCGACUGCCAGGUCAGCGUCCUCGGCUACUGCUGCAUCUGCGUCUGCUGCCUCUUUCGCUUCUGCCUCCGCUGCAUCUCUCGCCCUCGCCAUCGCUACAUCCGUUGCAUCUUACGCUUCGCAUCUAGUGGCUGCAUCUGCGUCUGCUGCUUCCACCGCUUCAGCCUCCGCCGCAGUUCUUGCCUCCGCCAUCUCUGCAUCCGUCGCAUCUCAAGCUUCCAGUCUGGUGGCUGCGUCGGCAUCCGCGGCCUCUACUGCUUCAGCCUCCGCCGGAAUUCUUGCCUCCGCUGCUUCUACAGCUUCAGCAUCCCUCGCAUCCGUCGCAUCCGUCGCGUCCGUCGCAACGACCGCAUCCGCAUCCGUGGCAUCCACGGCAUCCGCCUCCGCCGCAUCUGCAGAGUUUGUUCGAUCAACCAGCGCAGUUGUUGCCGAGUCAGCCGCCUCCCUAAGCUCAUUGUCUGCGGCCUCCGUUGGAGCCGCUACUAGCGGACUGAGGGCAGCUUCAGGCAGCGGCGGCUCUGUCGCCGGUGUUGUUGGAGGCGUCGCAGGAGGAAUCGUCGUGGUGGCGCUGCUUGUUGCGUUGCUCGUGCUUCGCCGACGGCGCCAGCGUCAGCGCCACAAUUUGGAAUCGGCGAGCAAGACCAGUGUGCCGUUGGUGCCAAUGCAGAGUGUCCAGCUCUCCCCGGCCUCAUCAGGCGUCAUGGAGGAGCCAACGUACGCCACCGCCAAAAUGCCCCACGCAGCUGCUGCGGCCGAUCCAACCUAUGCUGCGGUCGGCCAGGUUGGCUACAGCACUCCAGAGUAUGCGUACGCGGCAUCCGAGCGAAUCUACAGCUCGGCUGCACCGGUGACCCGAUCGCUGCGUGACGGUAUUCUGAUGGGAGCGAAACUCGGCUCGGGUGCCUUUGGCGUGGUUUUGCGCGGUCAGCUGCCCAGAAACCUGGUGCCAGCCGAUGCCCAGUACCUGCUGACGAGCCCGACUCAGCAGUACCUCGAUGUCGCCGUCAAGAAAAUGCUCCCGGACGCCACCGACAAGGAUCGCAAAGAAUUCAUCGAGGAAGUCCGCAUGGUGACGCAGUUCAGCAAUCCCAAUGUCGUUCGUGCCAUUGCCGCCCUGCUCGAGGCAGAGCCGUUCAUGUGCGUGUUGGAGCUGAUGCCGUAUGGCGAUUUGCGUGCCGUGCUGCAAAAAUCCCAGCUUCGCAAUAUCGAGUGGUCUGUGGGUGAGUUUGCGCAUGCCCUUGCGCAAGUGGCGUCCGGCCUGGACUAUCUGCAGUCCAUUCGGUUUGUGCACCGCGACAUUGCGGCGCGCAACUGUCUCGUGGGAGCUGGCCUGGCGGUCAAAAUUUCAGAUUUUGGUCUUUCGCGCUCGCUGGCCGCUGAAAGCGAUUACUAUCGCAUGCAGACGAAAGGACGUCUACCAGUCAAGUGGAUGGCCCCUGAGUGUUUACUCUUCCGCAAGUUUACGCAUCAAAGUGAUGUGUGGGCGUUUGGCAUUUUGGCUUGUAAGUGA